GUCGUCGUCGCUAUAGUUGGAUCCGAAACAGCAACCGCAUGAAGCCGAGGAAAGCGUCGCUCGUGGCGCCGAUCGCAGCCACCCGCGUGCGCCGGCCGUCGGUCGUCCGCGCGACGCCGGUCAACGUGCAGCACGAAGCUCUUUUGGAGCCCGAGGACGUUGCGAUUGAUGCGCUCGAUACGCUCUUGCACGGGCUCAUCCGCUCCAUGGAAGAGAACGCGCUGCGCAAAGCGACGCUGGCGUACACGGCGUGUGUGGCCACGAGCUGCGUCAUGGGCAUGUUGGGCAUGAUGAUGCUGCCGCACACCAAGACGCCGGAUCGUGGGGACGCCACUGCAGAGCUUUUGCCGCCGACCGGCCCCCAUCGACAUUUGGUCCAAGGCCACGGUACCGUCCAAGCGCAGGCCAGCCAAAAAUCCAUCUCCCCGAAGCGCAGCCCGCAUCGAGCCGCGCCAACACAAGCAGCAGCCAGUCCGUUGCUGCCGCCCGAGACCGUUGACAUGGACGUCGCCAUUGCCGUGCAGUUUGCAGCGUCGUACGUCGACGUGAUGCCGAUCACGCUCGAGGAGCUGGCGCGGCGCGAGACCAUCGAGCGCAUCUUGGCCGCGGACGCCGACCGCGCCAAGCGCAUCGAGGUGGACGAGGCGCGCGCCCGGGCGACGGCAACGCUCGUGACCGACCCCGACGAGCUGGAGAAGCAGCUCCCGCGCCCACCGGACGAACCGAUCGAGUCGGAGGUCGUGCUCGUCGAUGAGACCGAGCUGCUCGUGGGCGAGAACUCCCUGCUCGUCUCGCGUCGGUCCAAGAAGGAUUUGCUUCGGCGGUUGCCGCCGUCGCGCCUCGAGCCGCAGAUCGUCGUACCCUCCGGCGACUCGGCGCGGGGGCAGAGCCCUAGCACGUCUCGUAACACGCGCGGGGCGUCCCGCGGCACCUCACGGGCCUCGGCGCGGUCCAAGCUCAAGCCCAAGACGCCGCUCUCGCGCCUCACGCCCUUGAGCUUUUCGACGCCGGCCGACAACGCCAAGCUCUUCAUUCGCUACGAAGCUCUCAACGGCGGCCCCGUCUUUGACGAAGCGUCGAGUCCUGUCUCGCGCGGCGUCGUGAUCCGGCACAAGGGGUUCGAGAAGCGAGGUGCGGACUGGAAGUCCAGCGAGGUGAGCGACGCCUUGUCCCGGAACGAGUCGGAGCCGACGCUGCGAUCGUCGCGGAAGAAGCGGCCGUCGCGCGCCGACGUUGUAGAGGCCAACGUCCUCCGCGUAGCGCCGCCCAUUGCGGCAAUCAAUCCCGCCGUUUUGCCUCAGCCCGUGCACCGUCACGAUGAGGUCAAGUCGCUGACGAUGCGCAUUCGAACGCCGGCGUGUCGGUCCCGCCGGUCGCGCCGCGUUGUCGACGCCAACGACCGGGACGACGCCAUGAUUUUCGAGCCGCAAAAGGUCGUCUUGCGGCCGCUUAAGGUGCCCCACACCCAGGACCGCGACUCGUCGUCGAUCUCGAUCCAGAACAAGUCGCUGUCGCUGCCGCUUCUCGCCGGUUGGUCCGGGACACCGCCGCAAGGACGGUGACGUCCU